GCUCUCUUUUUUCCUCUACCCGCAACCUCGCUGCGUGGCCCCAAGGAGUGCAGUGUAACUUCAAGGUCCUCAAGUGUGAAGCUCGAGAGAUCCCGGCGGGACGAGGAAGUCAGAUCAACUUGUUCUCCCAGCCCUUCGACCCUCCCCCGAGUCUCCUCAGUAAAAUGAGGCUCUGUUCCCCUUACCUCGGCCCACUCCUUACACCACCAACUCCAAACCGGUAGAGCGCAGAGCGCAGGCGCAGGGCUGACCAGCGGGAGUGCGCAAGCGCGAGCGGUGAGCACGGUUGCAGAAUGAACAUGGAGGAAAGAAAUUCAUCUUUGGUGGUAGAAUUAUCUUACCCAGACUUGGUCAUCGAUGUAGGAAAAGUAACUCUUGGUGAAAGAAACAGAAAGAAGCUGCUGCAGAAAACUGAGAGAGAGCAAGAGACAGAGAAAGUUAUAAAGGCUGCGUGUGCUUUAUUAAACUCAGGAGGAGGUGUGAUUCGGCUGGAAAUGGCAAACAACGAUGAGCACCCUGUGGAGAUGGGGCUGGAUUUAGAAGAGUCUUUGAGAGCACUUAUUCAGUCUUCAAAUUUACUGGCUUUUUUCGAGACUAAGCAACAAGGGAGGCAUUAUUACAUUUUUGUUAAGUCUUGGAGCAGUGACCUUUUCCCUGAAGACAGUUCUUUUAAGCCCCGCAUUUGUAGCCUGAGUUCUUCAUUAUACCGUAGAUCUGGCACCUCUGUAGUUCUCAUGGAUUCAAGAGAGACAUUCAAUUUCCUGAACAAGAAAAGAGAUACAAAAGUCUCCAGGAACGAACCCUGUGGUAAAAUUGUCAGGGUUAUGCAUAAAGAUCUCUGUAACUCGGAUCCUACUUACCAAGUUUUCCAAAAAGACCAGCUUGAAUAUGGUGAAAUCUUGCCUUUCCCGGAGUCUCAAUUCAUAGAGUAUAAGCAGUUUUCUACAAAACACAUUCAAGAAUAUGUGAAAAACAUAAUUCCAAAGUAUGUCUCUGCAUUUGCAAAUGCUGAAGGGGGCCAUCUUUUUAUUGGAGUGGAAGAUGAGACUAGGAAAGUUGUGGGAUGUGCUAAAGAAAAUGUUGACUGUGACUCUUUGAAAAAGAAAAUAGAACAAGCAAUAUAUAAAUUACCUCGUGUCCAUUUUUGCCAAUCUCAAUGCAAGAUAGAUUUCACACUCAAAAUCUUGGAUGUUUUAGCUGAUGGAAAGCUAUAUGGCUAUGCUUGUGUGAUCGAAGUGAAGCCAUUCUGUGGUGCUGUGUUCUCAGAAGCUCCCAGAUCCUGGAUGGUGAAGGACAAGCAAGUCUGCAGCCUGACCACUCAGGAGUGGGUGGGCAUGAUGAUGGACACAGAUCCAGAUCUUCCAUGGUUGUGCAAGGACUUUGAAUCUCAGCUGAGUCUGUCUAACAGGCCUCCUCUUAGCAGACCAGUGUAUUCCAAGAAAGGCCUGGAACAUAAGAAGGAUCUCCAGCAACAUUUAUUUCCAGUGUCACCAGGAUGUCUGAAACGUACUCCCAAAUCCCUCUGGAAGGAGCUGUCCUCACAGAAUGAAGGUCUGGAGGAAUUAAUCAAUAAGCAAAUAUAUCCAUUCUCCCAGGGAAUUUUAAUUCUUUCUAGAAGCUGGGCUGUGGAUCUGAACUUGGAAGAGAAGCAGGGAGUCAUCUGUGAUGCUCUGCUGAUAACACAGAACAGCCCUCCCAUUCUCUACACCAUUCUCAGAGAGCCAGACACAGGCGGGCAAGUCUACUGCACUCACACCGCCCUCACUUUGAAGCAGAAGCUGGUGAACGUAGGGGGCUACACUGGGAAGCUGUGGGUCAUGACCAAGGUCCUCCACCUGAGUCCUGAGAGCAAUGCAGAGUCCUUGGAGGGUUCAGGCUCUCUUAUCGAUUACCCUAGGUCCUAUUACCUUGUGAACACCCAGCAAAUGGAAGGCUUGCUGCAGUCCCUUGUGAUUGUUUUGCUUGGCUUCAGAUCUUUCUUGAGUGACCAGCUUGGCUGUGAGGUUUUAAAUCUGCUCACAGCUCAGCAGUAUGAAAUCUUCUCAAAAAACCUCCGCAAAAACAGAAAAUUAUUUAUCCACGGCUUACCUGGCUCAGGGAAGACCAUCAUGGCUGUGAAAAUCAUGGAGAAGAUCAGGAAUCUGUUUCACUGCGAGGCAAAUAAAAUUCUCUACGUUUGUGAGAACCAGCCUCUGAGGAACUUCAUCAGUAACAAAAAUAUCUGCCAUGCGGUGACCCGGAAAACCUUCAUGAAUAAAGACUUUAAAAACAUUCAACACAUCAUCAUCGAUGAAGCUCAGAAUUUCCGUGUUGAAGAUGGGGACUGGUAUGAGAAGGCAAAAAGCAUCACUAGGAGUGAAAAGGAUUGCCCAGGAAUUCUCUGGAUCUUUCUAGAUUACUUUCAGACCAACCAUGUGGAAUCUACUGGCCUCCCUGCUUUCUCAGCCCAAUAUCCGAGGGAAGAGCUCACCAGAGUGGUCCGCAAUGCAAAUCAAAUAGCCAGCUACCUACAAGGAGUAUUGCAGGAGGUCAGAAAAAAUCCUCCACCUAACAUCCCCUCUGGGUCCCUACAGAUGCUUCUUGAGGCUGAAUGGGCUCAGGGUGUUCAGGGAACCUUAAAUAUUAAGAAAAACUUGACUCUGAAUCAAAUAGUGACUCAUGUGACAGACACUUGCAAGUUUCUCUUUGAAAGGGGCUAUUCUCCCAAGGAUGUUGCUGUGCUUGUCAGCACUGCAAAAGAAGCAGAGUAUUACAAGCCUAAGCUCUUGAGAGCAAUGAGGAAGAGAAGGGUAGUGCAGUUCACCGAUGCCAGUGACAUGGCAGGUGAUCACAUUGUGUUGGACAGUAUCCGGCGAUUCUCAGGUCUCGAAAGGAACAUCGUGUUUGGGAUCCAUCCACAGACAAUGGAUUCAGCUAUCUCACACAACAUGCUUGUCUGUUUGGCAUCCAGAGCAAAUCAACAGCUACAUAUUCUGUGGCAUGGUAACAUUUAGGAAGAAUUCCAAACCAAACGAGAUGAAGCAAUUGUGAUGUAAAUGUCCAGAGGUGACAGUCUGCUUUGGCAUUUGAGGGAAACUUCUCUUUUUGGUUCGCAGGCCAACUAGAAAUUUGGGCACUGCUGACACACAGAAUUUGGAACUUCCUCUCUCUGGCUCUCUCCAUUCAGAGAUUCCUCCUCUAACUCCUUCCAGCAGCUAUUGUCCCAAAUUCUGUCCCCGAUUCUUCCAUCCAGAAAAAUAGUGGUUUUCUAAAGAAGCUUUACUAACCCUACACAGCACAGACUAUGACCCCUGCCUGUGGUUAAAAACCAUAAAAAUAGUAGUCUUCCUGUGUGGUCAUUCUUACUUUCAAGUCUGGACCUCGACAGUGACUCCAUGAAGUUUUUUUUUCAAUUGUCCACAGUUUAUAGUUAUCUGCAGAAGAGUGGUCUGGUAGGAGCUGACUUGGCCAUACCAGAAGCAGAACUUGAAUUCUUGACAUUUCUCUUUGCUAUAUUGAUGCAGGACUUGGGAGAUUCCCAAGGUAAUUUAGUCAGCAACUGAGUGAGUCUUAAUCAUUUUGGCAGAAUAAACAGCGCUGGUACAAUUAUUUAAUCCUUUAAAAUAGUUAUCCCCAUUUUCUUUGCCCUCAGGAUAGCCCUUAUUGAGCUUUAAUUGUGAUAGUAAGCAUUGUCACUUUGCAGAGAAAUUAUAGGCCAAUAGAAAACAGACAAACAAAAAAAUCCAUUUUCUCUGGGUUUAAGUGAGAGAUAGCAUUAGAGACCAAAAUCUGGUUCUAAAGGUGUGUAUGGGCUGUUAGGUAAACAGAGCUAGGAAAGACAUAGAUCAACGAAUUAACAUUGCAGUUAACUCAGCUCUGCUCUGCUUACUGUUCUAUAAGAUACCAACUUAAAUUUUAAAUCAAGUACGUUCUUGAGCUGUGAUUUUUCCCUUUUAUAUUUCGGUGGGCCAUCGUUAUGGAAUGUUUGUGUCUCCCCUAGAAUUUGUAUGUUGAAGCCAUUAAUCCUCAGUGUGGCCAUGUUUGUAGAUUUGGAAGGAAGUAAUUGGUUAAAUGAGGUCAUAAGAGUGGAGCUUUGAUCUGAUAAUCUGAUAGGAUUCAAGUCCUUAUAAGAAGGGACACCAGAGAGCUCUCUCUGUCCGUUUCUCUGUACACACACAAAGAAUUUCAUGUGAGCACAGAGGGAAACAGUGGCCGCCUACAAGCUGAGAGAAGACCUCAGAGUGAAACUAACCCUAUCAACACCAUGACCUUGGACUUCCCAGCCUUUACAGUGGUGAGAAAUAAGUUUCUGUUGCAUAAGCCACCCAUUCUGUGACAUUUUGCUGUGGCAGCCUGAGCAGAUGAAUAUAGCCAUAGAAUUAUUCUUCUAACUAAAACACUGAUACUCAAUAAUGCUACUGCAAUUACUUUCUUGUUUUUCUGUCUAUAAGAACCCUUUUAAAACACAAAUCCAAAUAAUAACAAUAAAAUAUUCCUAUAACUGAUGGAAAUUUAAAACAGUACAUGGCUAAUAUUCCAUUUAUUAGUAAUCUUAUUCUACUGAUUUCUCUCCAUAAUGCAAAGUUUGAAUUUCUCUGUGUAUCUUUCUUGUAUGUGUUUGCUCAUGGAAUUCCAGCUCCUUGCCUUAAAACCGUAGGUCUUCUAACUUCAGAAAAAUAAGAUAUAUCAUCAAAUCAGGGGGGAAAAAGUUCUUUCUUUCUGACUGCAUUAAAUCAGAUACAACUCUGCACCAGUUAUUCUUGUAAAUGUUGUUUCUAAUAAAUUGGUUUUGUAAGAUCUCUGGACCUCAGAGUUGCAAUGUCUGUGAAAGUAAUUCUUAUAAAGUCUAAUUCUGGGGGGAGGGUAUAGUUUGGUGAUAGAGUGCAUGCUUAGCGUACACGAGGUCUUCGGUUCAAUUCCCAGUACCUCCAUUAAAAAAAUAAAUGAAUAAGCCUAUUUAUCUCCCCCACCCCCAGAAAAAAAGCAAACAAAUCAAAACAAAAAAAGUCUAAUUCUUACUGAUUGUGUCACUUAAUGAUUUAUGUAUUGCCCUAGUAAUAAUAUUUUAAAACAAUAUCAUAUUUUUAAACUGUAUACUGAAGUGUCUGUUUAGACAGAAGAGGAUUACUGAUGCUGCCUUCUAUUUCCAUAUGAAUGAAGAAAGUUUUUACCUUGUAUAUCUGCUGCAUUUCUGUUUUAGGUCAAAAUUUGAGUUUGUGUCUCACUAAACUGGAAAAAAAUGUUGCUCUAAAAUGAAUGAUUAAAUUGGGGGAGAAGGGAGCGCUGAGGCCAGUAUAUAGGGCCAAAUAUGAGCCAGCAAAAAGUUAAGCAAGAUUAACCUCUGACUGGGUUUUGCUGGGGUUCCCGCCUGCCUGCAAUCUGGCUCUAGCCAUUUGGGACCUAACUUCACUAAAGAUCUGAAAAUCUACCCAGCCAUUAUAAAAUAAAAUAAGAUGUUUUUUAAUUUUAAAUUUAAUUUUUAUUCUGGAACAGCUUUAGACUUACAGAAGAGGUACAAAGGUGGUUCAGAAAGUUCCAUAUACCCCUCACUCACUCCCUUGUUUUGUUUGUAUCUUAUCUCUGGUUCAUUUGUCACAACUAAGGAACCAACCUUACCACUCUAUUCUAUUAAUUAAACUCCGUGCUUUAUUUCAGUUUCUUAGUUUUUUCCUUAAUGGCCUUUUUCUUUUUGUUCUGGGAAUCCCAUCCAAGAUACUACAUUACACUGAGUAGUCAUGUCUUUUUAGCUUUUUUUGGUCUGUGACAGUUCUCAGACUCUGUCUCUGAUGAGAGGAACUAGUCAGGCAUUUUGUAGGAUGCCCCUCAAUUUGGGUUUGCCUCAUAUUUUUCUCAUAAUUAGACUGGAGUUAUGAAUUUUUGAGAGCAAGACCACAGGGUCAAAGAGUCAUUCUCAUCACAUCAUAUCAAGGACAUAGGCGAUCAACGUGACUCAUCACUGAUGAUGUUAACCUUGCUCACCUGAUUGAGGUAGUGUUUGCUAGGUUUCUCCACUAUAAAGUUCCUUUUUCCCCCUCUUCUGUGGGAGUGCAAACUUGGGUUAACAAACUUUGAUAUUGUAAUGAUUGCUUUUACCAAAUCAUAUUCUCACCUUUAUGUAAGCACAUGAGAAAUGUAUAAUCAAAACCAAUGCUUUCUAUGUUUGUCAUUAUACUGCUACUUCAAAGCAAAAUGUCUAAGAGCACACAAGGCUGAUCUCUCAAUACCAGUCACCACCUUAUCUAUGGAACUUAGCUUAGUUGCCUUAAAACUGCUUUGCUAGCAGGAAUCUGCUACAAUCUGUCUCCUUGCCGUAAAAAGCAGAUACGUGCUUUGGUCGCUUCCCUUAGUUCGAGGUCAUAGAUUCAGGGCUGCUUGUGCUUAUGGAAAACAAUAACUCGUCCCUUGCCCCAACUGGCAGGACAUGCUUUGCUUAUCAGGUGUAGGUGAAUAGAGUAGGCUGCUCCUGCUCAUGGAAGACUGUGACUAAGCCCUUAGCUGGAAACAGCUGGGCUGCUUUGAAUGCUUAGACAAUUUCUGAUCAUUGUAUGGAGACUCUGUGGUGGUCUGGUUUUCAUUAACAGUUGUUCGGAACACUAUAACCUUGCUCAUGAUUGUUUGAGGUUUGAAAUAACUGUUUGUACUAUCAACUGUAUACUUCCUGGAAGGUUAUAAUGUUUCCAUUUUUCAAGAACUGAACCUACUGAUCUACAUUUCUGUGCUGUACACCAUGCCCCUUACUCAUUCCUAUGAUGUAUUUUACUUUGAUUCUGUUUGACUAUUCUCAAUAAAUACAAGAGCUUUGGAGGAGCUCGGGGAUUUGGUCUCCAGCUCCCUCUCACUCUCUUAACCUGAUAAA